AUGUACGCGAAGACACCAUCAGAGAUGCGCACCUCGUCGCUGCCGUACACGCGCGUUGACCAGUAUACCACUCCUCUGCUCGGAACCAUGUCACCAGGACCACCGAAGAAUAUGUCCAGUAGUUAUUUCAACGUACCUCAGAAACCACGACCAAAGUCAGUGUCAGCACGCUCAUCAUCGAGCCAACAGCAGCAAGUGCGCCAAAAGCGCUCUGCCUCCGUUACUCAACCCGCACGCUACAAACACCCCCCAUCAGCCCCCCUCCCCGCGCGCCCAGCCUCAAUAUCAAGCCGCCACCGCGCCUCGAGCCUCAAAUCCCCCUCUUCCACAAAGCGCACCGAAACAGUAACCUUCGACCAGCCCCCGUCCGUGCCCGACCGCCAGAGCCUGACGAAGUGGAAAUCUGAGCGCGAAGAAGCCAAGGCCGAGUUCAAUUUCAUGCAUCGCGCGACGAUGAAGGAAAGAGUGCGGCGCGCGAAUGAGAUGGAGCAGGAGAAGGAGAAGGAGUUGCAGAAGAUGGGGAUGGGGGCGGAGAAGGGGGCGAGGGUAUUGGGGGGGUGGGGGUUGAAGGAGAGGGGGUGCUUUGGGGGGCUUUGGGGGAGGAUUUGGGGGAGGGUGAAGAGGUAG